ACGGUAUUGAUAAAUAUCCAGCCAUAAAUUUGAAAUCUUUUCAACUUUCUGGACAUUUUGCCACCAAGAUGCUGGAUUGGCAAUUAUUUACUGUGGUGUCCGUGUUUUCUGUGUUAACUGCUAUUUGUCCCUGUGCAUCGUCAGAGACGUAUGUCCGAUGGGGUAGAACUAGUUGUCCUGGUGGUGCAUCACUUGUUUACGACGGUUAUGCUGCAGGAAAUGCAUUUAACAAGAGAGGAUCGGGAACAAAUUUCUUGUGUUUACCUCGAAACCCUGAAUUCAAAAAGUAUACAAGUGGAAUGGAUCUUUACAGUGGUCGAAUUUUCGGUGUUGAAUAUGAGAUAAGCAAGGACAAACCCUAUCCUAGGAGAUUUCAUAACCAAGAUAUGCCUUGUGCAGUUUGUCUGACAAGAAAACGAUCAACAGUUCUUAUGGUUCCCGGGAAAAUAAAUUGUCAUAGUGGAUGGCACAAGGAAUUUUCUGGAUAUUUAAUGUCAGAAUAUACAACUAAUCAGUGGUCUCAGUCUGAAUAUAUUUGUGUGGAUGAAUCGUUGGAGUCACUUCCUGGAGGAAGUGCUAAUACAAACCAUGCGGUUGUUUACCCUGUUGAACCUGUAUGUGGUAGUCUGAAAUGUCCUCCAUAUGAGAACGGAAAAGAACUAACUUGUGUUGUCUGCUCGAUUUAGAAUCAUUUCCAAAGCCAAAUAUAACAUGCAAAGUCUUGUCA